AUCAUGCUAACAUCAUAUCAUAUGAAAACAACAUCAAAUUCAAUGAUUUGAUACAGUAUUUAUAAAGAAAUAAGGCAGCAAAGCAGAGUAUCCUAGACGCUUCCCUCUCUCUCUCUCUCUCUCUCUCGCCGCAGUCUCCGCCGAGAGAGGAGUUGAAUCUCUGAAAUCUCCCAAGAGGCAGAGCAGAGAAGAGGAAGGUGCUUGAUUGCUAGAACAGAGGUUUUGUGUGAUGGACGAUAGAAUCACAGCAAGGAGUUACAUCCAGUAUUCUCCUUCCGGAGUCCAUGGCUUUCCUCACAGGUCUUCUUCUCACCCUACAGAUCGAGAGAGGUAUUUGGCUGAGUUACUGGCAGAGAGGCAAAAACUGGGACCUUUUGUGCAAGUUCUGCCACACUGCAGCCGGCUUCUGAGUCAAGAAAUCAUACGGGCAUCAAGACUGGUAACCAAUCAAAUUUUUGUGGAUCAUGAAAGAAUUGAACAGGAGAGUCCACUUAGAUCACUAGGCCGACAGCCAAAUGCAGGACCAAGGGAUAUGGAGGGAUGGUCUGCAAUGCAAACAGAGGAAGGUGGACUUCGCCAAAGAAUGGCCCCGUUUCAAGCGUCCACAAUGGGUUGGCAUGGGGGACCAGGACUUACUACCACUCCUAUCAUAAAGAAAGUCAUUAGACUUGAUGUUCCAGUGGAAAAGUAUCCUAGUUAUAAUUUUGUUGGCCGAAUUUUGGGACCACGUGGGAACUCUCUGAAAAGAGUAGAAGCCAUGACACAGUGUAGAGUUUAUAUAAGAGGCCGGGGUUCAGUGAAGGAUUCUAUGAAGGAAGAGAAGCUAAAAGAUAAACCUGGAUAUGAGCACCUUAAUGAGCCGUUACAUGUGUUGGUGGAAGCUGAAUUGCCAGAGGAUUUAAUUAAUCCCCACUUGGAUCGUGCAGUGGCAAUAUUGGAGAGUCUUUUGAAGCCUGUGGAUGAAACCUCGGAUCAUUACAAGAAGCAACAACUAAGGGAACUGGCUAUGCUAAACGGUACGCUAAGGGAAGAAAGCCCAAGCAUGAGUCCAAGCAUGAGCCCUAGCAUGUCACCUUUUAAUGGCACAGGAAUGAAACGAGCCAAGACAGGACGGUAAACCCUCUAUUUUGGAUGAUUGAGCUUAUUUAAAUUGAUGGAUGACCAAAUGCCUAACUGAUUUCCUCGUGGUUUCUUAAUGACUAUUGUCUACGAGAACCUUGGGGGCGGAGUUCUCAAAUGAUUAGUAAAAUUUUGGAAUUUUGUUUUAGCCUUGAUAUUUGGUGUAUCUGGUCAUAUUCUGCUUCACUUGUUUUUGCUCAAUAUGCUGUCAUCCUUCUUUAAUCCUCUAUUCUUUCAUGUAUCAUUCCUUUGUAAUUGAACUUUGUCAUUUCAUUAGUUAUUGAUAUUGAGUCCCUUCUUGGUUUAAGUAUGCCUAAACAUCUACUCAACAAGUAUUGAUGUACUUGCGGAUUCUUUUGUGUUCAAUUUGGAACCAAUGUAUUUCCAUCCA